GUGUUUGUGUGUGUGUUUGUGUGUGUGUGUGUCGUGGUGUUGAUAAUCCUGAUGAACAUGAUUUCCUUCUUCAGUCUGCAGAGUCAGACCGUUCCUCUUCUCCCGUCUUUAUCUCUUUAUAUCUAGUCCCUAAAUUUGAUUUUUACUGAUUCAAAUCAACUUGGUGAAGUUUUUCUUCUCUUCUCAGGAUGGAGCAGAUUUCAGGGCAGAUGGCGCUGAUGAAAGAAAACUCAGCUGCAGCAACAUGCGAAAAAUCUCGAGUGUUCGACUGGUGUCCACAGCAGCAGUACCUUUAUCUGACCAGCGGGGGGCGAAACAACACGACCCACAAUCAGACCACUGCUGCUGUGAGAUCGUCGGUCCAUCCUCUCAUUCCUCUCCUGCUCUACAGCGACAGACAUUUCCCUCCAUCCUCCCCGUACAAUCAGCCAAUCGGUUCAUCCGGUCCCCGACAGGCAGACACCCACUCCAGGACACACGCCUGUUACCACAGCAAUGGGGCUACUGGGCACCAGGCGGUGAAGAAGCCUCUGAACGCCUUCAUGCUCUACAUGAAGGAGAUGAGACACACAGUGCUGCAGGAGGGACGAGAGAGAGAGAGCGCCGCCAUCAACCGCAUCCUGGGACGCAGGUGGAACGCUCUAUCUCGCUCCGAACAGUCCAAAUAUUACGAUCUGGCCCAGAAGGAGCGACUCCUCCACAUGCAGCUCUAUCCCGGAUGGUCGGCCAGAGACAACUACGGUCAGAGGAAGAGGAAGCAGAGUCAGCAGCGCUCAGGAAGCUUCUCAGGGUGGGAAUACAAUUCAAAUAAAGUAAAAUUUGACAAUCUGGACUCUGACAUCUGGCCGAGUGGACAUAUGACUUGAAACAUACUCGCCCUAGUUAUCGUAGUCUGAGAGAGAAAUAAAGCAGACGUCAGUGUUUCUGCAGAAUUCAGCAAAUUUAAGACUUUUUCAGACGUCAGGUGAAAGAUGGACGAACCAUGAGACCAAUAAUUACACAUCAAGUUCAUUGAUUUAUUCACAUUUAUAUCCCGGAUCCUUCAGUAUUUCUGAGCUUUACAGUAUCAAUGUGAAUAAAGGAAAAUAUUGAGCUUUUUUUAUUUUAAAUGGAAAAAUAAUGAAAUUUUUGUGUUUUUGCUUUAAUUAAAUAUUAAUUUCAUGUCUAGGUCAAGUAUAAAUUAGAAAUGUGUAAAAACA